GACUUCGCGGCCACCGUAGAAUCACAGUGUAGGAAAUAUACGAGCCAAACACUAUCAGAGACUUCAAUCAGCUCUCCAGCAGCAGGAACCUGACAGCCAUGUCCCACCAUUGAUCUGGAGUCAGAACCCAGUCCAGAAGCAGGAGCCUCUUGCAGUGUCCUUGGACUGUGUGUUAUGCAGAAGGAUGAAGCUGCGACUGCACUUUGUGGUGGACCCUAUGGGCUGGUUCUGCAUCAGCAUGGUGCUCUUUGUCUGGCUUUACAACACCUUACUCAUUCCUAAGCUGGUGCUGCUGCCACACUAUGAUGAAGGACACAUACCAGGAGCACUAGUGGUCUGCUACUACCUGGCAUCGCUGUUCUGUGUGUCUGCAUUGUUAAGGGCUUCCACAGCAGAUCCUGGACGUCUUGCCCAAGACCCUAAAAUCCCACUUGGAGAGCGUGAACAGUGGGAGCUGUGUAAUAAAUGCAACAUGAUGAGGCCAAAAAGGUCACACCACUGCAGUCGCUGCGGCCAUUGUGUCCGCCGCAUGGACCACCACUGCCCCUGGAUUAAUAACUGUGUUGGGGAAGAUAACCACUGGCUGUUUCUGCAGUUGUGUUUUUACACUCAGGUUUUGAGUCUCUACACUCUGGUGCUGGACUUCUGCCAGUACUAUUACUUCCAGCCCCUGGUCAGAGUGGACCAGGAGCUGUUCACGGUACGUCAUGAGUUAGCGCUGUUGCGCGUGUCUUGCUUCAUGGGCUUGAUCAUGUUUGGAGGCAUGAGCGGUCUCUUCUACUCACAGAUCACAGGAAUCCUCGCUGACACGACUACUAUAGAGAAAAUGUCUCACUCCUCAGAUGGGAUAGGUGCACGGCGUUCCUGGCAGCAGUCCCUGGCUGAGGUGUUUGGCACACGUUGGAAGGUCCUGUGGCUCCUGCCGUUCAGAAGCAGACGGCCGCUACGCCUGGACUAUGCUUCUAACUCUCACGUGUAGCCAGAAGGACGGACACUCGGAUGCACCUCCUCUACAAUCCUCUGUCCUCUGCUCCACUCAGUCUCUCCACUGUGGCCUGAUGUUUCUGAGGUAUCAAAACUCCAAUCUUCUUCAGGUUCUCAUCCGUCAGUGAACUCAACCACACAAUCUGUAUAUUGGACUUAAAUGGUCUUGUUCCAAGGUUUAAGGCUGGUCUCAGCUCACGUCUCAUGGGAUUAUUGAAGGUUAAACUGGGCCUGCUUGCGAAUUUGGAUGAAUUGCGUAUUUUUUUGUUUGUUUGUUUGUUAGUUUUAUAUCGAAAGCUUUAUAAACGGCCACUGAAUGUCAUGGAUUGUAUUCACUAUGUAAGGAACCAUCAGGGGUACGACUGCAUUAAAGGGUUUGUUGUUUCCAGGGAAACACUCAUUAGUUGGAGCUGGACCCCGCCCCCUCCUCCUGGUUUGUAUGAGUGAUUGGCAGGGAAGAGUGGGCUCCGGGAGGUUUUAUCUGUGGCUUAGUGGGGCUGGUGGCUGAUGGCUCUAGAGGUGAGCCAUGACCUCUGGCAAAAGCUGAGGACAGUGCCAGACAGCCUCAACACUAACUCAGCACACAAAACAAAAACACACACACACACACACACUCUGUCUCUCUUUCUCUCUGUCUCACACACACACACUAAAAUAUAUCCCGUGCUGCCUAACCACAAAACAGCACUAAAUCCUCAACUUGAAUCUGCUGGCAGCACUUUGCCCCACCAAGAUGCAUUCCAUAUGAUCAUGCUUUUCUUAAACUUUUUUAUUUAUCACUGUUUUUUUGUGCCUUUUAGCUUAAACAUCUGAGCAUUUGUUCUUUAACUCGGAAGUAUAUUAUCUGCCAAACAUUUUUUGUAUUAUUAUUGCAGCCUUUAUUUGUUCUAUGUGAAGUCAUUAUGAAUUUUAUUUUUGUUUUUGCCUUUUUUACAGUACCAAAAAAGUAUCAUUUUCACACUAAUUAUCUCUAAUUUCUCCAGAACACUCCUAUGUAGUCCCAAAAAAAGAUGAGCUGUUUUCUCUUUUGCCUCUCUUUGUAAUAUCAAAGAAAUACAUUAGUUAAAACUAUGCCAAAAGUCAGAUCACACACCUGAUAUUUGAUAAUAAGGUUUUACUGCUUUGCCUUUAAUAUCAUUUACUCUAAUCUCCUCUAAACACUAUUUAUAGAUGUAAAGUAAAGAUGUACAGUUUUAAAAAGGGAAUGAGUACAGUUAUUAGAGUAAUGGAUGAUGGAUGAUGGGAUUAAACUAUAACACUACUGCAGGGACCAGUGCAUUUGGUUCUUUUAUUGGUCUCUAAAUCUACCGUGUGCUAAACAACAAACCUUUAGUAAUAUUUUAAAGUGCCUACUCAAAGCCAGUUGAGUUGAUCUUGCCAGUUUGGUUCCGCCUUGCUUCUGCUUGCUUUGAAUUUUGGCCUUGUUGAUCAUCAUCGAAGGGCCAAUAGCGUGGGAGAAAAGAUGAAGUCAAGAUUACAGUUACAUGUAAAAAUGUGGGCAUCCAUGUAAAUAGCAUGUUUUGUUGUUAAGUCAAAAAAUCCUCUAGGGGAAAGACAUUUAUUAUGACAUUUUGUGCUAAUUAAAACACAAGUUCUGAUCAUUUAAUGUGCCAUAAACACUGUAAACAAAUGUUUUAUUUUCACCCAUACUUUGUUUCCAUUAAGCAGAUGUUAAACAGUUUUGGCAAAAGUGUGAUAUAUGUAAAUCGUUUAAUGUGCCCAUAUUUUCGCAUAUGACUGUACGUUUGGCCAUAAAAAGAUAUUUUAUAAAGGCUUACUCGACAUCUAAAUAUCAAAAAAAUAUAUUUUAGCUUAUAAACUUUUUUCUUACAGAUAAACUCUAAACCUUAGAGUUUAUACCACAGUAUAAAUCUUCUAAAAACAUAUUACAUCUGAUCUUAUCUUAUUUAUUGUGUGUAACUACUGUAGUGACCGUGCAUACUAAACUUAACUUGCUUUCCAUAUGUGCACACUGGAAAGAACCUAGCCUUGCUUGGAUUUGUUUGAUAGGGGGGGAAGUUGGUUCAUGUCUGGGCAAUAAAAUGAAUUCAUAAACUAAUAUAAAUGAUUAUCAUCUGCAGACUGGUUAAUUUUUAUUUAGAUUCAGUUAUGAAGAAACCCAUUCAGUAGGGCUGUGAAUCUUUGGAAAUCCCACAAUUCGAUUCAGAAUCAAUUCUUGGUUUUCUUUUUCUUCAUCCUCCAUACUUUAGCGGCUCAACAACAAACACCGUAACACAACACUACACGCCUCUCUGUAGACUAACAGGGAGAGGCAGUAAGAGCAAAAACUUUCCCUGUCCUGUUGCUGCUGUCUCGCGACACCUACUGUCGCGCGGAGCUUUUUAAACUGUCGCGCAGAGCUCUUUAACAGUUAGCUGAGCUCUGCUCCGUGGUACAGUUAAGCUCCACAAAACAGUUAAGUUCCACGCGACAGUAGCUGCACCCGAAAAAAAAAAUAA